CAAGUGUACCGCUGCUUUUGGCAUCGCAAUUGCGAUUGCCUCCUGUCCAGCGCACACUCACUCCCCAAUUUCCUCCGCAGAAGUCCCGACAGUUUUCCCAAGCCACAGCCUUCGCUCCCCGCUUAUUCCCCAUGGCUGACGCCUACAACGACAAGAACGGUGAUGCCUAUGUCAACCUGGACACCCAUGACACGGACGUCGGCUCCAUCAACAACGUCACCGCUAACGUUCCGCUGCAAGUCAAGAGCCUGUUCGCCAGACAACUGAUGGCCGAGUUCUUCGCCACUUUCAUCAUGGUCAGCUUCGGACUGGGUGCAACGGCGCAGAUCACGCUCAGCUCGGGCACUGCCGGGACCUUCAUCACCGUGGCGUUGACGUGGGGCAUUGCCUAUUUCCUCGGCAUCACCGUGGCUGGCGGCGUCUCUGGCGGCCACUUGAACCCCACCGUGACAGUGGCUGUAGCUGCACUCGGCAUGCUGCCAUGGAAGAAAGUGCCGUUCUACCUCCUCGUACAGCUACUGGCCUCCUACAUCGCCGCACUGGUCGUAUACAUCCUGUACCGCCCCAUGCUCAACAUCGUCGACCCCGAACGUACUUCGACCAACGCCAUCUUCGCUACGUACCCGCUUGCAAACGUGGGCAACUUCACGUGCUUCUUGACCGAGUUCUUCGCGGCGGCGGUCCUGGUCGUGGGUUUCCUGGCGCUCCAGGACCAGCACAACCGUCCCAUUGGUCGUCAAGCAGUUCCUGCCGCCAUCGGUGUGCUCGUCAGCGCCAUCGCCAUGGCCUUCGGUAUGAACACGGGUCUAGCCAUCAACGCCGCUCGCGACCUGGGUCCGCGCCUCCUCAUGUGGACUGUCGGCUUCGGCUCGCGCGUGUUCUCGCUCAACCACUACUACUUCUGGAUCCCGCUCGUGGCCCCGAUUCUGGGUGGUGCUGUCGGCGGCAUCGCGUAUGAAGGCAUGGUCGGCUACCACCACCCCACUCGCUCGCACGGCCCGUAUCCGGAAUUCCGCUACUAGCUUAGGUGUCUUCGCCGGAUAGUUGCCACGCAUUGACUGCGCGUCGAUAUACUCGUCGAUAUACUAAGGCAACGGCUCAAGUUAAUAUCUUACUUUCUUCAUGACGUGACACCUCAUUGCAUUCAGGAAUUGAGCAGGGAAUAUCUGGUAGAUACAUUCCUGGAAUUGCACGAAGCAACCGGAAGUUCGCUUGUAAGUGCGCGUUUCUUCGUUGAAAGGGCCACUUGUCCGAGUUCUGAUAACUAUUUCAUUGAUCGAGAUAAAUCGCAACACACGCUUUCAAGUCAGCAAGUGAAGAUCAACCAACACCAAUAUUUUGCGGUUUUGUGUCGAUAAGCAGCAACUGUAUACACGGAUCAAAAUGGAACGCCGACUUCCAACACUCUACGAGAAUGCCCACUGCUUUACUUCUUCUUCUUAGUCUCCUCCUUGCUUUCGCGUUCUGGCAACAAUUCCCGGUUCAAACUCUGCAGUUCCUCAACCGUUUCCUUACAAGGCAAAAAACUGUCAGGCCUCCGUAGUAAAAAAUAUCACAAUGCAUAAGCAC